CCCCGCGGGCUUCCCAGCCGGGAGAGAGCCCGGCGCGGGCGGCGCGCACGGGGCCCCGUUGUGCGCGCGCCCGCCCGCCGCCCGCCGCCCGCGCAGUCCCCCGGCCGCUCCGCCCUCCGGGUCGUGGGGCCCGUCCCUCUCCUGCUGUCCUGUCGCCGCCCGGACAGGGGCUCGGGAGCCGGGCCGGGACAGGGGCGGGAGCCGCGGGACGAGCGCCUGAGGUGCCUGUGGAGACGCCAUGGAGCUUAGCAGCAAGAAGAAGCUUCACGCCCUAUCCCUGGCUGAGAAGAUCCAGGUGCUGGAGCUCCUGGACGAGUCCAAGAUGUCCCAGUCGGAGGUGGCCCGGCGCUUCCAGGUCUCUCAGCCCCAGAUCUCACGCAUCUGCAAGAAUAAGGAGAAGCUGCUGGCCGACUGGUGCAGCGGCACGGCCAACCGGGAGCGCAAGCGCAAGCGCGAGUCCAAGUACAGCGGCAUCGAUGAGGCUCUGCUCUGCUGGUACCACAUUGCCCGGGCCAAGGCCUGGGACGUGACGGGGCCCAUGCUGCUCCACAAAGCCAAGGAGCUGGCCGACAUCAUGGGCCAGGAUUUCGUGCCCAGCAUCGGCUGGCUGGUCCGCUGGAAACGCCGAAACAACGUAGGCUUUGGGGCCCGCCAUGUACUCGCGCCUCGGUUCCCCCCGGAGCCGCCUCCUCCGGUCCCCACAUCCCAGGCCCAGCCACCUCUUUCCCUCAAGGACUUCUCCCCAGAGGACGUUUUUGGCUGCGCUGAAGUGCCCUUGCUGUAUCGCGCCGUGCCUGGCACCGUGGGGGCCUGUGGCCACGUCCAGGUGCUGCUGUGUGCCAACAGUAGGGGCACAGAGAAGCGGCGGGUGUUGGUCAGUGGGCUCCGGGCCGCGCCGAGCUGCUUCUUUGGGGUCAGCAGCGAGGCUCUGCCUGCCUCCUACCACCCCGACCUGGGCAUCCCCUGGUCAGAGUGGUUGGUGCAGUUCGACCGGGACAUGGGGCGGCAGGGCCGGCAGGUUGCCUUGCUGCUGGCAGCCCGAGUGGUGGAGGGGUUGGCGGGCCCGCCCAGGCUCCACCACAUAAGGCUCCUGCCUCUGUCAGCUGCCAGCACCACGCCUUCCCUGCCCACCUCUGCGGUCCGGGCCUUCAAGGCCCAUUACCGGCACCGUCUGUUGGGCAAGCUGGCUGCCGUGCAGAGCGAGAGGGCUGGCACUUCGCUGGCCGAGGCUGGGGCAGGGAUCACAGUGCUGGACGCUGUGCACAUGGCAGCGGUCGCCUGGGCCAAGGUGCCCCCUCGGCUCAUUGUAAGCAGCUUCAUUCAGGAAGGGCUGGCCCCAGGCAAAACGCCUCUGUCCCCGGACAAAGCCUCUGAGAUGCCACCAGUCCCCAGUGGGCUGAGCCUUGAGGAAUUUUCCCGCUUCGUGGACCUGGAGGGUGAGGAGCCCGUGUCUGGAGUGUGCAAAGAGGAGAUGGGCCCUGAAGACGAGGAGGGGGUCAGAGAGGAUGCCUUUGCGCCCUUGCCCACCAAAGCUGACGCCCUCCGGGCCCUGGGCACGUUGAGGAGGUGGUUGGAGUGUCAUGGCACCUCCCCUGAGCUGUUUGAAAAAUUCUACGCCUGCGAGGAGGAGGUGGAACGGCUCUGCUGCCUGUGAAGGGCCCCCCGCUGCUCUCCGGAGCCCCCUCUCCUGUUUCCCAUGGAAACGCCCUCUCGCAGAAAGCAGAUUGUAGGCUGGUCUUUUUCCCGUGGAAAUGGAGCUCUUGUGAAAGGUGGAGAAGAGAGACAAGUUGGGAGACCGAGUCUAAGCUCUGAGCGGAAGUUGUCCCAGCCCUGAGGAGAGGGGUCCAAGACGGGGCGUCGGGGGAGCGAAGCUGCGGAGUUUCUGAACCUCCAGGGGGGCUGGGACGUGGGAAGGUGGAAUUUGGGCUUUCCAGACAGGCUGAUCCCGUGAACUCUGUCAAAAACAGAUCUGCUUUUGGAAAUAAAGUUUUUAAUCAAAAAA